AUCAACUAUCUUUUCUUCUUGCUCUCUCAGAGGAAAGAUGCAUCUCUUUUCCCCUUAUGUUUUAGUGUUUGCUUUGGUGUAUUGUUGGAUGGCUUACUUCACUCCCAUGGUAUUCUCCAUCAAUUUAGUUGAUGAGUUUGCUCUUAUUGCCUUGAAAGCCCAUAUCACAAAGGAUUCUCAAGGCAUUUUGGCAACAAAUUGGUCAACCAAAAGCUCCCAUUGCAGUUGGUAUGGAAUUUCUUGCAAUGCUCCUCAACAAAGAGUUUCUACAAUCAAUCUCUCUAACAUGGGUCUUGAAGGAACUAUUGCACCACAAGUCGGCAACCUUUCCUUUCUUGUUUCCCUUGAUCUUAGUAAUAACUACUUUCAUGCCUCUCUUCCUAAGGAUAUUGGUAAGUGCAAGGACCUUCAACAGUUGAAUUUAUUCAAUAAUAAACUGGUUGGAAACAUUCCCGAAGCCAUUUGUAAUUUAUCAAAACUCGAAGAGCUAUAUCUUGGCAAUAAUCAGUUGACUGGCGAAAUUCCAAAGGCGGUCAGUCAUCUUCACAAUCUGAAGAUAUUAUCAUUGCAAAUGAACAAUUUAAUAGGUUCCAUACCAGCCACCAUUUUCAACAUAUCUUCUCUGCUCAACAUUAGUCUCUCCUAUAAUAGCCUCUCGGGGAGUCUUCCCAUGGAUAUCUGCAACGCCAAUCCAAAGCUCAAGGAGCUUGAUUUUUCAUCAAAUCAUUUGAGUGGAAAAAUCCCCACCAGUUUAGGCCAAUGUGUAAGGCUUCAAGUAAUUUACUUAUCAUUUAAUGAAUUUACGGGAAGCAUACCAAGAGCAAUUGGUAAUUUGGUAGAGCUUGAGAGGUUAUCUCUCCUGAAUAACAGCUUGACAGGAGAAAUACCUCAAUCUCUGUUCAACAUCUCUAGGCUGAAGUUUUUGAAUCUGGCAGCAAAUAACCUAAAAGGUCAAAUCCCCUCUAGUUUGUUGCAUUGUCGAGAGCUCCAAAUGCUAUCAUUAUCAAUCAAUCACUUCACUGGGGGCAUUCCACAAGCCAUAGGGAAUUUAUCGAAUCUUGAACAAUUAUAUCUUGGUUUUAACCAAUUGGCAGGUGGAAUUCCCGGAGAGAUUGGGAAUCUUUCAAAUUUAAAUAUUUUAAACUCUGCCUCUAGUGGACUAAGUGGUCCUAUUCCUGCCGAAAUUUUCAAUAUCUCUUCAUUGCAACAGAUUGGUUUCGGUAAUAAUAGCCUUUCUGGGAGUCUUCCAAUGGAUAUCUGCAAACAUCUUCCUAAUCUCCAAGGGCUCUUUCUUCCUUGGAAUAAGCUCAGUGGUCAACUUCCUACAACUCUGUCCUUAUGUGGAGAGCUUCUGUCACUGUCACUAUCUUAUAACAAAUUCACAGGAAGCAUACCAAGAGAAAUUGGCAACUUAUCCAAGCUUGAACAGAUUCAUCUUGGGAGGAACAGCUUCACAGGUACCAUUCCACCUUCAUUUGGUAAUUUAACAGCCUUACAGGAGCUUGGCUCGGGGGCAAACAAUAUUCAAGGCAAUAUACCCGAGGAGUUGGGGAAUCUCAUCAACUUACGAUUCUUGAGUCUUGGUGAAAACAAUCUAACCGGGAUAGUACCAGAAGCUAUUUUUAACAUCUCUAAGCUGCAGGUCCUUUCGCUGCAAGUAAACCACCUUUCAGGCAGUCUCCCAUCAAGUAUUGGCACUUGGCUUCCAAAUCUUGAACGACUUUAUAUAGGAGUCAAUAAAUUCAGUGGAAUAAUUCCAAUGUCUAUUUCAAAUAUGUCCAACCUUAUCAGCCUAGACAUACCCAACAACUUCUUUGCUGGUAAUGUGCCGAAAGAUCUAGGUAACUUGAGACGACUCCAGUCGCUCAGCCUUUCACAAAACCAGUUGACUAAUGAACACUCAGUCUCUGAGCUUGCCUUUCUUACAUCAUUGACGAAUUGCAUUUUUCUGAGAAUAUUGUGGAUUAAUGGAAAUCCUUUAAAAGGCAUUAUUCCAAAUUCAUUGGGGAAUCUCUCCAUUUCUCUCGAAAGUAUUUAUGCAAGUGACUGCCAACUCAGAGGCACCAUCCCUACAGGGAUUAGUAAUCUAACCAACUUGAUUGAUAUGAGACUUGAUGAUAAUGACUUGACAGGGUUGAUUCCAACAUCAUUUGGAUGCCUACAGAAGCUCCAGGGGUUGUAUAUUUCUCAAAAUCGAAUACACGGAUCCAUUCCUUGUGGUCUAUGCCAUCUGACAAACUUGGGAUUCUUGGAUUUGAGUUCGAAUAAACUUUCUGGAACAAUCCCUAGCUGCUUUGGGAAUCUUACUGGACUGCGUAACGUCUAUCUUCACUCCAAUGGACUAGAUUCUGAGAUACCUUCAUCUCUGUGGACCCUUAGAGAUCUCUUGGUUCUUAACUUGUCUUCAAACUUCCUCAACAGCCAACUACCCCUAGAAGUUGGAAGCAUGAAGUCCUUAGUGGCAUUGGACCUGUCAAAGAACCAAUUUUCAGGAAACAUCCCAAGCACCAUAUCACUUCUUCAAAACCUGCUCCAACUUUACCUAUCCCAUAACAAGCUACAAGGUCAUAUUCCCCCCAAUUUUGGUGAUUUGGUGAGCUUGGAAUACUUGGAUCUGUCUGGGAACAAUUUAUCUGGUUUUAUUCCCAAGUCAUUAGAGGCUCUGAAAUAUCUCAAAUACCUGAAUGUUUCUUUCAAUAAACUACAAGGAGAGAUUCCAAACGGAGGACCCUUUGCAAACUUCACUGCUGAAUCUUUCAUCUCCAACCUAGCACUUUGUGGAGCACCUCGGUUUCAAGUCAUGGCAUGUGAGAAAGAUACUAGAAGGAACACAAAAUCACUCCUCUUGAAAUGUAUCGUCCCACUGAGUGUAUCAUUAUCAACAAUAAUACUAGUGGUUCUCUUUAUUCUAUGGAAGCGAAGACACACUAAGUCAGAAACUCCAGUUCAAGUUGAUUUGCUGCUUCCCAUAAUGCAUAGAAUGAUUUCACAUCAAGAACUCCUUUAUGCAACCAGCUACUUCGGAGAAGACAAUUUGAUUGGGAAAGGAAGCCUAGGCAUGGUAUAUAAAGGCGUAUUAUCUGAUGGGUUGAUUGUUGCUGUGAAGGUUUUCAAUUUGGAAUUGCAGGGAGCUUUCAAGAGUUUUGAGGUAGAAUGUGAAGUAAUGCGGAAUAUUUGCCAUCGAAAUCUUGCCAAGAUAAUUAGUAGUUGCUCCAAUUUGGACUUCAAAGCCUUGGUGCUUGAGUAUAUGCCUAAUGGCAGCUUAGAGAAGUGGUUGUACUCCCACAACUACUACUUGGAUUUUGUCCAACGAUUGAAAAUUAUGAUAGAUGUGGCAUUAGGGUUAGAGUAUCUCCAUCAUUAUUAUUCAAAUCCUGUGGUUCACUGUGACUUGAAGCCCAGCAAUGUCUUGUUAGAUGAUGACAUGGUUGCACACAUAAGCGAUUUCGGCAUUGCAAAACUGUUGAUGGGAAGUGAGUUUAUGAAGCGAACCAAAACCUUGGGCACCAUAGGCUAUAUGGCACCAGAGUAUGGCUCAGAGGGAAUAGUAUCCACAAAAGGUGAUAUAUAUAGUUAUGGGAUCAUGCUCAUGGAAACUUUUGUGAGGAAGAAGCCUACAGAUGAAAUGUUCGUGGAGGAACUAACCUUGAAGAGUUGGGUGGAGUCAUCAACCAACAACAUAAUGGAGGUUAUAGAUGCCAAUCUCCUGACAGAAGAAGAUGAAAGUUUUUCCUUAAAACAAGCUUGUUUUUCUUCCAUCAUGACAUUAGCUCUGGAUUGUACAGUUGAGCCUCCUGAGAAGAGGAUUAACAUGAAAGAUGUGGUGGUUAGACUCAAAAAGCUCUUGAAUCAAAUUGUUGAUUUAAGGAUUCCAUAAUUAAAAAGAAGGCGACAUGGAGUUCAUGUCCCUUUCUUCCACCCUAAGCUUGUUUAAGAGUUCACAAGUCAUGAACUGAGGGACCAUUGGGCAUGGUCUGCUAGGUAUUAAAAGUUCCUUAUUAUAUCACCUUUAUACAAAUUAUUCUGUAUGCUUUUAUUUCAUAUUUUUCCAUUCGCAUAAUAUUAAGUCAAGAUACCUAGUGAAUGACUUCUAGAAGAACAUUUCAUACUUUUCUUUUUAAGAUACGAUAUACUUUACUACAAUAAAUU